AUCGUUCUGUGUACACGCCUGAGGUCCUCCCACGCCAACUGCCUUUUUAAGCAAGAUACUCCCUACUCGGUCGUUGUCAGUUCAUUACUGAACGGGACAGAGAGAGGAGGCGCUGUCUCGUUUUUUUUUAUGUCUUUCCUUUACCCAGUUCGUAGUUUUCCCUGUAGUUAUCUGUAGUUCAGUUUACUUGAUUAAUUCCUACCUUAGUAAAGAUGUACAGGUAUCUUGGAGAGUUACUCUCACGGGGAGCAAGUGGUGCUCUGGCCUCGGGAUGUGUCGACUCUGCCCUGCCUGCUUCCGCGUCUUUAAUGCGGAUUCGUCGCUACAGCGAGGCCGUGGGAGAUGAUGACCCCAACUUCUUUACAAUGGUGGAAGGAUUUUUUGACAGAGGAGCCUCAAUUGUGGAGGAUAAGCUUAUGGAAGAUCUCAGGAAUAGAGAAACACCCGAGCAGAAGAGGAAUCGAGUCCGAGGGAUUCUCAAGAUCAUCAAGCCCUGUAACCACGUACUAGCAGUGUCAUUCCCCAUCAAGCGAGACAACGGGGAAUGGGAACUGAUAGAGGGCUACCGGGCCCAACACAGCCAACACCGGACCCCCUGUAAAGGAGGUAUCCGGUACAGCACGCAUGUGUCUUUUGAUGAGGUGAAGGCCUUGGCCUCACUAAUGACAUAUAAAUGUGCAGUUGUUGAUGUGCCUUUUGGAGGAGCUAAAGCUGGUCUGAAGAUCAACCCAAAGAAUUACUCUGACAAUGAGUUGGAGAAAAUCACCAGGAGGUUCACCAUUGAACUGGCCAAAAAAGGAUUCAUUGGCCCUGGCAUUGAUGUCCCUGCUCCUGACAUGAGCACUGGCGAAAGGGAGAUGUCAUGGAUCGCCGACACCUUCGCCAACACCAUGGGCUACAACGAUAUCAACGCCUAUGCAUGCGUGACAGGCAAGCCCAUCAGCCAGGGUGGCAUCCACGGCAGAGUGUCGGCCACCGGUCGCGGAGUCUUCCACGGCAUCGAGAACUUUGUCAAUGAGUCAGCCUACAUGAGUCAGUUGGGUCUCACUCCUGGCUUUGGGGACAAGACCUUUGUCAUUCAGGGAUUUGGUAACGUGGGUCUGCACACUAUGCGCUACCUCCACCGCUUCGGGGCCAAGUGUGUUGGCGUGGGAGAGAUCGAUGGAAACAUUUGGAACUCCGAUGGCAUUGACCCCAAAGAGCUGGAGGACUAUAAACUGCAACAUGGCACUAUUGUGGGCUUCCCCAAGGCCCAGCCUUAUGAAGGAAGCAUCCUGGAGGCAGACUGUAACAUCCUCAUCCCGGCCGCUGGGGAGAAGCAGCUCACCAGGAAGAAUGCACACAAGGUCAAGGCCAAGAUCAUUGCUGAGGGUGCUAACGGCCCUACAACUCCAGACGCCGAUAAGAUCUUCCUGGAGCGGAACAUCAUGGUGAUUCCGGAUUUGUACCUGAACGCUGGUGGUGUGACCGUUUCCUACUUUGAGUGGCUGAAGAACCUGAACCAUGUCAGCUACGGCCGACUGACCUUCAAGUACGAGAGAGACUCCAACUACCACCUGCUGAUGUCUGUUCAGGAGAGUCUGGAGAGGAAGUUUGGGAAGCACGGUGGUGCCAUACCUGUUGUCCCCACCUCUGAGUUCCAGGCUAGGAUCGCUGGAGCUUCUGAGAAGGACAUUGUGCACUCUGGCCUGGCGUACACCAUGGAGAGGUCGGCCAGGCAAAUCAUGCGCAUUGCCAACAAGUACAAUUUGGGUCUGGACCUACGGACUGCAGCCUACGUCAACGCCAUCGAGAAGGUCUUCAAGGUGUACAAUGAGGCUGGAGUAACCUUCACAUAAAAGGUCUGCUCAACAGUGAUGUGUGUCUAUGCGUCUGUCUGUUCUCCCACACGCUCAGACUCCAGCGUUCACACACACUACACCCCCCUCCCCCUUCCCACCAGUCUCACACCCCUCAUCCAUAUCCUUAAUGCACCCGUUCCACAACAUAUCCAAAGUUUACAUUUUACUACAGUAUAAGCUGUUACAUGGCAUUUACACAAUACAUAACCAAUCAACCAAACAUCAUACUUUGUAUUCCCUGUGUUUGUUUAGACUUCAGGUCCAUGUUUUUUCUAUGCAAUUCUCAUUUUUUAGGGAAGUCCUCAUGAGUCUUCGAGAUGAGUCUUCCAUCAUUAUCAUUGCUUAGCCAAAGUACCCGAAAACAAAUAAAAUCUCAGAGGAUUCUAAAUUUACAAACAAAGUGGGAGCAUGAUCAGAAUUCACCUUCUUAGUACAAUUCAGAUGAAUUCAUGUUCCACGCAAAGAAAAUAUUCUUAUAGGUCACAUGAAAUAGUUUUUAUGUCUUGUUCCAUGUUACAUAUCUGUGCAAAGCACUUUUUAAUAUAGACUCCCACUAGCUUUUCUAGAUAACUCACCAGCCUUAACGGUCAACUUUAGGACCCAACGCUAAAGUAACAAAAAAACAAAGUACAGUGCUACACACCUUAGCAUCUCUUUCUCCUCUUUCUCUCAGGCUUUUUUCUUACUUAAAAAAAAGAAAAAGAAAAUAAAACUAAAUGGUGCUCUCUUUGAGAGGCACUUUCGGAAGCAGCCUUAUAUGACUUAAACUGCAUGUUACACUUAUUACCUGAAGACCGGCUAAUGUCUGUAGACCGUGCUUGGCCUUCAAACAGACUGGGAGAUGGUUCUCCCUCUUAGCUUUAAAGCUUUUUAUUUUGCACCAUUGGAUGAGCUGUGUAUGGUUUAUAUUCGAAAAAAGAAUCCCUGGAUGUGUAAAAGGAAGGGAGCAUUAUAUAUAAUCUUUAUAUGGGAACAAAGAUGUAUUUUCCUUUUAGAAACUCAGCCUUACUGUAUGACCUUGUUCUGUUGGAUUAUCGGUUAAAAACUAUCAUUUGUAUUUGCCUUUUGUUCAUUUGAGUGAAUUAAAUGUCAACAACUACAAGAUAAAACCA